UUGGGCAGCUGCCCCUGUUCCUGAUGCUAGUUGCUGGGCUAGAUGCGGGAUUGGCUGAAAACACUUCUGCUUAGACGUCCUCACAGAAUUCGUCUGAGCAAGAAUGGACCUUUCAACUGACCACGAGUUUCUUUCAAGAUGUUCCAAACCUGACCACAACGUCGACCGUGACAGAGAUGGUCAAUGUCACUGCUCUUGUCUCUGAUGAAAACUUAGAUGGUGGAUUUUCCACUUGGGGCGAUGAGGUUCAGACUGUAAAAACGGAGGAGAGAAGCGCAUCCGGUUAUGCUGAAUCGUCCACGGAAAGUUUGGAUAUCGAGACAUCCGAUUCAGUCCCAUGGAGAUGGCACUAUCCAACCUGGUCAUGGUGGCAGUUGGUCCAACUAACGUCUUCCGUACUUGGUGUUGUCGGCCAAAUGCUUGUCAUGCUGGUUAUUUGGCAACGCCGGGCCAUGAACCGUUCUGCUGAUACACUAAUCGGAGCUCUAGCGGUUGCGGACUUCCUGACCUCUAUUCUGAUUUUGCCAUUGCCGGUGGCAGUUAGUGUGCCAUCCACACUCCUUGGAGAAAUCUAUUGCAGGUUUGUAUUCAAUGGUUUUUUCAUGUGGUUGGCAGUCGGAGCCUCCAUCCAUACCCUUGCUUUGAUAUCAGUAGAGCGUUUAAUAGCCAUCAUGUAUCCCAUUCUUUUCAACCGUUACUCCAGCAGAGAGAAGGCAUCUGUUGCCGUUGCAGUUGUAUGGCUGGAGUUGAUGAUUACGACUCUUAACCUAAUUUUGACUUGCAGCGUAGAGGGCGUCAGUCAUACCUGUGUGUUAUCCUUUUCACCGUCACUUGGUAAGUUCUUCGGCGUUUAUACGUUCCUUGUGUAUUUUAUAAUCCCUGCUACGGUAAUGCUUGUAGCACAGGCGGUGACUGCGGUCAUUCUUCACCGAAAAUCGAAACAGUUCAACGAAGGCAAAGCCCUUCAGAACAGGUCUAAGAGCUUAUUGACUGCCAGAAAACGGGUCAUCCAGAUGCUAUUCGUGGUCGUCCUGAUUUUCAUCGUAUGCUGGGGUCCAAACAAUGUUGCGUACUUUCUCUUUAACUUUGGGUUUAUCAGCAGGAGGUUUGCCUUCAGCAACAAAAUCGCAUUCUUACAUUGCUUGCCUUCUACAACUCAUGUCUGAAUCCCAUCGUGUAUACGGUUCGGCAUCCGGAGUUCCGACAAGCUAUCUGCGGUUUGUUUUCGGGCUCAAAAGUUCAAGGAGGGGCGUUAUUUGAGUACAAAACUGAGCGAAAGGUUCCGCCGACAGGACAAAAGGUCGCUUGAGAUUAAUGACAGAAGAAAAGGGCGUCGCGACCAUAUUUACAACACACAUGUAGAGUAAUCAAAAUAAAAGUAUCUUCAUAAAACAUGUAAAAGGUUCUGUUUUAGACAUAGUGUAGGGUGUAAACAUCUUCAAGAAAAAAAGUAUGCUGUGAAACGUUAAACGUUAGUAGGAGUUUCUGCAAUUUUUAUUCUGAAAUCAAUAGUGAAUGAAAAUGUUCACAUAAUAAAAAAGGUAUAAAUGAAUGCAUUUAAAACGUGACAGUCAUAGAGAUAAAUAAUACAGACAGAGAUCGAUAAUUACAUUAUACACAAAGUGUGUGUUUUAUAUGUACAUGUAGUAAGUUGAGUAAAUACGGUUUAUUUCGAAUUCGUCUAAUGCCAAUUCGUCAAAUUGCCAACCCAUCGACUAUCAUUUGGUCUACCAUCAGUUCAUCCACUCACCACAUGGUCUACUUCUAUUUAGUUUACUGCCAUUUCGUCUAAUAACCAGUUGGUCCAAUAGCUAUUUAGUCCAUAUACUAUUUGGUCCAAUUAGACUAAGUGUUAAAUUGUGCAAAAUUAAUGAAAAUAAAAUGGAUAUUAGACCAACCGGUUAUGAGAUGAAACGCUCAUAGACGAAAUGGUGAUUAGACGAAGUGAUGACUGGACCAAAUGGUUAAUGGACCAAACGAUUGUUAGACGAAAUGUUGAUGGACGGAAUGGCAUUAGACUAAAUGAACGUAGACCAUGUUGUGAGUGGACGAGUUGGCAGUAGACGAUUUGACAAUUUACCUAAAAUACAGGGGCAAGCUAUUAUGAGCAAGAAACUGCAGAAAGCAACAAUAGCAGUCAGGAGAAUUCGAUUGGAAGUAAACGUAACUUCGGGAAUUACUGAUUUUAAUAUCUACAAAACAUAAUUGGAUAUGUUCAUCGCACCAUGUGAUUUACAAUCACACCUGUGCACCAGUAGGAAUAAACCUGAAUUUGGAUAUCUGUCGCCUUUAAAGUAUCGUAGAUUAGUGGGUCAGAGACACAAGUACACCUUACACGAUCAUGUAUCAUUUUCAAAAUAUUUUAUUUGAGAUUUUAUUUUUCAAAAUAAAUCAUGAUAUAAUAAUAAUAAUAAUAUGUCCAUUUAUAUAGCGCAGUUACUAUGUGCAUAUACUCAACUGCGCUUUGAUACCUGGUAUCAUAUUAUUACCCCAGCUGUAGCUGAGCCGCCAUAUUAAUAGGCGCUCAAAAGCGUUCAAGGAAAAAUCCUACCGGGUACCCAUUCACCUCACCUGGGUCGAGUGCAGCACAAUGUGGAUAAAUUUCUUGCCGAAGGAAAUUACGUCAUGGCUGGGAUUCGAACCCAUGACCCUCUGUUUCAAAGUCCGGAGACUAAUCCACUGGGCCACAACGCUCCACAUUACAUUAACAAUUCCCUACAAGGGUGAAAUCAGUCAUUCGACUUUUUUUUUAAUAUGAAAUGUGAUAUUAAAACAGUGAAAAUUCCAUCAACAUACAUUUCAUGUGAAUUAAAAUUAAUCAAUGUGUGCGAGUAAAAAGAUUAAAUUUCAAAGAUUUUAGGAAAGGUCGACGUAGCAAUCUUUAAAUAUAUAUAGCCUUAUUAUAGAGCGCUUUCUAUAUUCAAUAUUAAAAAUCAGGCUCUAAAUUAGAUUUAAAUUAUUUCUUUUGAAAUGUAACUUAAUAUGGUGAUUAAUCAAUAACACUCUCUCUAUAAAGCUGAAUUUCAAAAUUCGGAUUUAAAUUGAAUAAAAAAUAUUAAUUUCUAAAACUAUGUUAAUAUGGUAAAUAGUUUGCAUUCAAAUUUCUGCAGUAGUACGCCAUUUCAGAGAAUAUAGGUUAAAGAAUACAUUUUCAAAUUAGAUAUCAAUACCUUUACUUUAAUUCAAUUGAAUUAAAUAUAAAGUAAAGUUUCACGUGAGCCUUUUGUUAUGUAUUGUAAGAACAUGGGAUUUAUAAUUACAAUCAACCAAAGCUUUUAUAAAUCAAUUCAAUGUUCACUAAUAUUAGAUUCUUAGAAAAUAAAGUGUAGAUUAGAUGACUCGAAAUAAUACAUUUCUUUCGUAUAUUUGUUAUUAUUAUUAUUUAUUUAUUUGUUUGUUUGGCGCCAACAGUGCCCGGAGUAUAAAAGCGAACCGAAUCACUGCGGUGCACAUGUCUCUAAUACCGAUAUAACUGAUUAGAGUCGAUAUCUACUGUAUAUGCGAAGGUAUCUAUAGCACAAUAUAUUGACUGCUUGGUUGUGUAAUAUGAAAUUCUAUGACUCAUUCAAUUGAAUUAUGUUUCGCUUCGGACCAUUAUUUUUCCUAUACAAGAAUACUAUUUCAGUGGAAAGAAAUGUGACGAUACACACCCUAUAGUUCUAUAUUAAAGCUUAUAUUAAACCUACCUUUAUUUUGGGUAAGUCCCUCACAAGUGAAUGCCACUAACCCUAUUCAUUUCUAGAUUAUAUGAAUAUGUGUGCCUUAAAACGGUUGCCAUGUGAAAGAUAUAAAAACGAAAAUGCGUUUUCUCACUUUGUAUGUCCUGUCCAAACACACACACCUUGUUUGAUUAUUGUGGUAAUUGUAUGUAAGUGUAUGAUUAUUUUUUCAUUCAAUUCAUUUCGAGCCAAUGAAUGGUUCAUACAACAUGGGUGAACUCUAAUCGUAAGCUUAAAAAAACCGUGUGUUAUUAUAUAGGCUUGAUAAGGAGUUUUAUAGCAAGUAGAUCAAAUAAUGUCCCACCCGAAUACAAAAUAAUCAAAUAAAUGAAAUGAAUAGUCAAUAAAAAAUGAUUAAGAAGGUAAAUGAUAAUAGAUGAAAAAUAAUAAAUAUAAGAUAUACUGAUUCAGGUGCUUGCAGCUUUUUGAGGAAUUAUUUCCUGCCAUUCACCUUACCUGGGUUGAGAACAGCAUAUUGUGCAUAGAUUCGUGCUGAAGGGAAUUACGCCAUGGGUUGGAUUCGAACCCACGACCCUCUGUUAAAAAAGUCCAGAGACUAAUCCACUGGGCCACAGCGCUCCACAGCAGUGCCGUUGUGGGAAUAAAGAAAGGAAUUACUUCCACUGAUCCCGUUUUAUACCUCUGCAGGUUCAAGGACCUCUUUGUACAGCUACUUAUAUUUCCCGUACAUUUGAUUUUUAUAUACCACAGUGUUUAGUAAUUAUGUGAAG